AAGGGCAAUGAGUUCAACAAGUUUGGCCUACAAACAGACCCAACAAAGAUAAAAAGAAGUGGCGGAGACCAAGAAAUAGCCAUUGUGAAUUUUACGUCGUUAAAGGAUGCCGGUGGAAAUAAUGUACUUUUUCAUAGUCUUUCAAUUCUUUAUACAUUUUACUCAAAGCGUGCCCCGUCGUCAAGUGUGGGAAGACGCUCGUUUAGUCGGAAGAUCUAAUUCAGGGAUCCUGGAACUGAAGCAGAAUGACGGGUCUUGGAACAAAGUGUGCGCGGAUGAGUACUGGACUCUACAGGUUGCAGGAGUUGUUUGUCGCCACGUUGGAUUUGAUCGACAGACCAAAAUAAGAUCAAGGACAAUACAACAGAAAGAACACUUGUAUUCUAAAUUGAAAUGUAAAGGUUCUGAAAAUAGUAUUCAGCAAUGUCUCACAACAACAGUAAGAACGUGCAGUACGCACAAAGAGGCCCUUUUGAUGUGUGCCAGACCAAGGGAUAUCAGUGGAGGCCCUGCUUCUUGUUCGGACCGUCAGUUUCUGUGUCGUAGGGAGAACAAAUGUAUCCCGGCCCGCUGGCGGUGUGAUUACGUGUCUGACUGUGAUGACGGGGCGGACGAACAGAACUGUACACUUUACAGUUUUGCGCAUAUCUACAAAGAAUAUUCUACAAAAUUAACAGCCAGAAUCAACAUUCCAAUGAUCAGCCACUAUCUUCGACUCUCCAGCGUCAACGGAAAAAGCAACGAGGGAAUCCUGCAGUUUAAUUAUGCCAACCAUUGGGGGACGAUUUGUGAUGAUGGCUUUGACAUUGUGGCCGCUAACAUCGCUUGCAAACAGCUCGGUUUUCCGUUCGGUGCUGAAAAGGUGAAAAGCUUUGGAAGCGGUACCGGACAAAUUUGGAUCGAUGAAAUCAGUUGCCGGGGACAUGAGAAAUCAAUAUUAGAAUGCAGAAGGAACAAUUUUGCUGCACACGAUUGCACACAUGCAGAAGAUGUUGGCAUUGUUUGUAAAACAUCGCCAAAUCCGAAAGAUUGUGGUGUUGUUAAGCCUCACGCUAAACCUCCCCGCAUUGUGGGUGGGCACGUCUCUUCCCCAGGGAGGUGGCCUUGGAUAGCCAGCAUCUAUCUACACAUUCCACCGAUGUCCCAAGAGCAGUUCUGCGCGGGAAGUCUUGUCAGUGAUGAAUGGAUUCUAACCGCUGCCCAUUGCUUUGACAGAACAACAGAUAAGAGAGAUGUUCGUAUUCGAUUAGGGGAGUUUAACCUGCAUCAUCGUGAUCCCUCUGAACAAACGUUUAACGCAACAGAACUCUUUAUCCACCCAUUGUAUACCAAGUCCUCUCACGAUUUCGAUAUUGCUUUGAUAAAACUGAACCGGCCUGCUGAUACUAGCACAGAUUACGUCAAGAGCAUUUGUUUGCCUCUAGCUUCCGAACCGCCUUUCCACAACGAUUUUUGUUACGUGGCGGGAUGGGGUAAUACAGGGUCCAGUGGGGCUUCCAAAACCGCGAUUCUGCAGGAAGCAAAAAUGCCGUUACUGGACAGUAACCUGUGUAGGAGGAUCUAUAGUCAGCUGACCAGUAACAUGAUGUGUGGGGGAUAUGUGUAUGGUGGAAUAGACACCUGUCAGGGUGAUUCCGGUGGGCCAUUAAGCUGUAGAAGAAGUAAUCGGUGGGAGUUGGGCGGCGUCGUUUCCUGGGGUAAUGGAUGUGCCCAAAUCCUGAAGCCGGGUGUUUACACCAAAACUAUGCCCUUCCUCUCAUGGAUCACAGACACUAUGCUAGGGAAAACAAGUCCGUCGCCAAGCAUACCACACAGAUUCGACAGUUCUCUCAGUAACUUUUUUGGUCGAUAGUUGUUUAAUGAAAUGUACUCAAACUUUAAACCCUGUAUUGUAUUCAUACGCACAUCUAACACAAAAACAAAGAACGAAUCUCAAUAUACUGUUUCUUGUAUUUAAAAUUAUUGUUAUUUAAUAUUGUAUUGAUGUUUUAUUAAAUAUAUAUAUUUUUUUUAAAUGAAA